UUGGAGAGAAAAAAAGAAGAAGAAAAGAAAACACAAGUGGAGUUUAGAAACUACAAAAAUAAAUCUCAUUGCGUAUAAAAUGUGUGGACUUCGAACUUCACAUCAUUCUCCACAGCACAGGGAGAAACACAACCAAAUAACAAUGGAGGAUAUUAGAGCUCGCGCCGCCGCCGAGGACUUCCAACUUAACUCCCAACACAUACCUUCACGCCUCACCACCUUUAACCGCCUCUUCGCACUCAUUUAUGCCUGCGGUCUUUUCGCUUUAUUUUACUACCACCUUACUUCACUUAUAAAUUCCACUUCUUUGGGUUCCUUCUUCAUCUCUGUUUCUCUGUUCAUCUCCGACGCCGUUUUGGCCUUCAUGUGGGUCUCUACUCAAUCCUUCCGGAUGAAUCCACUCCGCCGCCGUGAGUUUCCAGCCAACUUGAAAGAGUUACUGAAAAAUGACUCUGAUUUUCCAGCGAUAGAUGUGUUUAUUUGCACGGCGGAUCCAUACAAAGAGCCUCCAAUGAACGUCGUGAACACGGCCUUGUCGGUCAUGGCGUACCAUUACCCAACAAGUAAGACAUCCGUCUAUGUUUCAGAUGACGGUGGGUCAGCCAUGACGCUGUUUGCUUUUAUGGAGGCGGCCAGGUUUGCUGCCACAUGGUUGCCGUUUUGUAGGGAAAACGACGUUGUAGAUAGAAAUCCUAAUGCCUUCUUUACUUCUACUUCUAACCAAGAUUGGAACUCCGAGACUGAAGAGAUUAAGAUAAUGUACGAAAAAAUGAAAAGGAGAGUAGAAAACAUUUGUGAGAAAGGAAAGGUUGAAGAUGAAUUGUUGAAUGGAGAAGAAGAGCGUAUGACUUUCAAUCAAUGGACCAAAUCUUUUACUCCUCAAAAUCAUCCUACUGUUAUUAAGGUAGUAUUGGACAGCAGUAAGAACAAAGACAUUAGUGGAGACCUAUUGCCAAAUCUCAUCUAUGUUUCAAGGCAAAAAAGUGUAAAUUCUCAUCACAAUUUCAAGACCGGUGCUCUUAAUACUUUGCUUCGGGUAUCGGCUACCAUGACCAAUGCACCAAUUAUUCUCACUUUGGAUUGUGAUACAUAUUCCAAUGACCCUCAAACACCAGCUCGUGCCUUGUGCUAUUUCUUGGAUCCAAAACUUGAGAAAAACUUAGGAUAUAUUCAGUUCCCUCAACGGUUCCGUGGAGUUAGCAAACAUGAUAUAUACGGUGGAGAAUUAAAGCACUUAUUCCUAAUCAAUCCACUUGGUAUGGAUGGAUUGUUAGGCCCAAAUUAUGUUGGUGCUGGGUGUUUCUUUGUUCGACGGGUAUUCUUUGGAGGUCCAUACUCAUAUGAGGCACCUGAACUCUCCCAACUUAGUCCAAGUCAUGUUGUUGAAAGGCCCAUUCAAUCUCAAGAGGUCUUGGACUUGGCCUAUUUAGUUGCAAGUUGUGAUUAUGAGAAUAAUACAAAAUGGGGUUUGAAGUUGGGGUUUAAAUAUGGGUCUUUAGUGGAGGAUUAUUUUACAGGGUAUCGUUUGCAAUUGGAGGGGUGGAGGAGUGUAUUUUGCAAUCCGAAAAGAGCAGCUUUUCAUGGUGAUGUGCCCAUAACCCUUCUUAGUGUGAUGAAUCAAACCAAAAGAUGGGGUAUUGGGCUUUUAGAAGUCAAUUUCUCAAAGUACAACCCGAUCACUUAUGGUGUAAGGUUCAUUGGCCUUCUCAUGGGGCUUUCUUAUGCCAAUUAUGCAUCUUGGCCCUUUUGGUCCAUUCCUGUCAUUGUUUACUCCUUCCUACCUCAGUUGGCUCUCAUUAGUGCCACUCAGAUCUUCCCCAAGGUUGGUGAUGCAUGGUUUGUAAUAUACAUACUGUUGUUUCUUGGAGCUUAUGGUCAAAAUCUUGUAGAUUUCAUUCUUGCGGGAGAAACAUUCCGAAGAUGGUGGAAUGAUCAAAGAAUGUGGAGCAUAAGAGCUGGGUGUAGUUUGUUGUUUGGAUUCAUAGAGUUCACAUUGAAGUCUCUUGGGAUAAAUUCCAACUUAGGUUUCAACGUCACCAGUAAAGCAAUGGAUGAAGAACAAACCAAGAGGUACAAGCAAGAGUUGUUCGAGUUUGGAGUUUUCUCGCCAAUGUUCGUUCCCCUUACCACUGCAGCCAUUGUCAACUUGGCCAGUUUCGCCGGUGGAGUGAUCAGAAUUUUGAAAUCGGGCGGGGCGUGGGAACAUUUGUUUCUUCAGAUGUUGGUGGCUGGAUUUGGAGUGGUGAAUUGUUGGCCAGUUUAUGAAGCCAUGGCUUUGAGAAAUGAUGGAGGGAAGUUGCCACCCGAACUCACUUUCUUCUCUGUCUCUCUUGCUUUACUUCUUUGCUCUUUUGCUACUUUUUUUUAGCUAGAUAAAUGUUCCGUAGGAAAUGUGGUCUGGUCAACAAUUGAAGGACUCAUCGUUAAAUUAGAUUGGAAAAUGUCUAUUAUGUAUUUAGUUUUGCCCUUUUAAAUAAAUGACGAUUUUUUUAAGAAUAUCAAAAAAAUAGGUGAUUUCAAAGAUAAAACAUCGAAAUUUUGUAUAAAAAUAGCAGAGGUGAGUCAAUUUUCGAAAAAAACUUCAUGUGAGAGUCUUUCUUAAUGUUUAAAAAACAUCAAAUAAAAACAAUACAUACAUUUUUUUUA